GGGCACCGGGGAGGGAGGGAGGGAGGGAGGGAGGGGGGGGACGGACGGAGGGAGGCGGCCGCGGCCCCGGCCAUGUCGGGCGAGGAGGAGGCGGCCGAGCUGACGAUCGCCGAGGACCUGGUGGUGACCAAGUACAAGAUGGGGGGGGACAUCGCCAACCGGGUCCUGCGGGCGGUGCUGGAUGCGGCCAACGCGGGCGCCUCGGUGCUGGGCCUGUGCGAGAAGGGAGAUUCCAUGAUCAUGGAAGAGACUGGCAAGAUCUUCAAGAAGGAAAAGGAGAUGAAGAAAGGCAUCGCCUUCCCCACCAGCGUCUCGGUCAAUAACUGCGUCUGCCACUUCUCCCCCCUGAAGAGCGACCAGGAUUACAUCCUCAAGGACGGCGACCUGGUCAAAGUGGACCUGGGGGUGCACGUGGACGGCUUCAUCGCCAACGUGGCGCACAGCUUCGUCAUCGAGGCCUCCAAGGAAAAGCCCGUGUCCGGCCGGAAAGCCGAUGUCAUCAAAGCAGCCCAUCUGUGCGCCGAGGCCGCGCUGCGCUUGGUGAAGCCUGGAAACCAGAACACACAAGUGACGGAGGCUUGGAACAAAAUAGCCCACUCGUUUCACUGCACCCCCAUCGAAGGGAUGCUGUCCCACCAGCUGAAGCAGCACGUCAUCGACGGCGAGAAAACCAUCAUCCAGAACCCCACAGACCAGCAAAAGAAGGACCACGAAAAGGCAGAAUUUGAGGUCCAUGAGGUUUAUGCCGUCGACGUCCUCGUCAGCAGCGGGGAGGGGAAGGCCAAGGACGCGGGGCAGAGGACGACCAUCUACAAACGGGACCCAGCCAAGCAGUACGGCCUCAAGAUGAAAACCUCCCGUGCCUUCUUCAGCGAGGUGGAGCGGCGCUUCGACACCAUGCCCUUCACCCUCAGGGCCUUUGAGGAUGAGAAGAAAGCCAGGAUGGGAGUGGUGGAAUGCGCCAAGCACGAGCUGCUCCAGCCCUUCAACGUCCUCUAUGAGAAGGAAGGGGAGUUUGUGGCGCAGUUCAAGUUCACGGUGCUCCUGAUGCCCAACGGCCCCAUGCGGAUAACGGGAGGCCCCUUCGAGCCCGACCUCUACAGAUCCACCUUCGAGGUGCAGGAUGCGGAGCUCAAGGCCCUUCUCCAGAGCUCCGCCAGCCGCAAGACCCAGAAGAAGAAGAAGAAGAAGGCCUCCAGGAACGCCGAGAACGCCACCACGGGCGAGGGAGCGGAGGAGCCGGAGCCGGGCGAUUGAGCAGCUCCUGCCCCCCGG